AUGUUAUUAACUUCUCUGAUUUCUCUUUUCACAGAGAUCAACUCACAGCACUAUAAAAUUGGUGCUGAGCUGGGCAAAGGAGGCUUUGGAACAGUUUUUGCUGGGACCCGUUUAGAAGAUGGCCUUCAAGUGGCAGUAAAAAUAGUCGAUUCCAAGACUAUGCGACUCAUCAAAGUUGGUGGGUUUGAAAAACCCCUUCCAUCAGAGAUCGCUCUGCACUAUCUCGCCACUAAAGGCCCCAGGGUUAAACAAAUUGCUGAGCUUCUGGACUGGAAGGUGGAGGCUGAACGUUACAUCAUAGUCGUGGAGCGGCUCAUACCCAGUAUGAACUUACGUGAAUUUUUAAUCGACAACAAAGAAGACACCCCUGAGGACUUGGUACGGAAAAUCAUGUUCAACGUAACAAUUGCAGCUCACACGUGCUGCCAACGCGGAGUGUUUCACAGCGAUAUCAAGCUGGAGAACUUGCUGAUAAAUCCGGAGACCUUUGAAGUCAAACUGAUUGACUUUGGGUGCAGUGUCCUCCUUACUAAAGACUGUUACCAUCACUAUUCAGGCACAAGACUUUUCGCCCCUCCCGAGUUUUUAAACACUGGCAGAUACCAUGGGGAGCCAGCGACAGUGUGGUCACUCGGGAUUCUUCAGUUUUUGCUAUUGUUUAAAAAAUAUCCAGUAGUAGUUGACCUCUUCAAGUUGCAUAACAGAGACAUAGAGUUUGCCAGAGGGUCAAAAGAAUGCAGGGAUUUCAUCUGCGCUUGCCUGCAGUUGAACAUCAACAUUCGAAGUAAACUGCAUGCUCUCCGUGCCCAUGCCUGGUUUAAGGAGGAGAACAAGGAAGAAUGA